AUGGCUCAUUUGGCAAGUCAGUUACUUCCUGAGCCGAUGUCCAUUAGCUUUUACCGCAGAAAGUUCCUCAACCGUCAGUAUGAUUGCAAAACGACCAGCAACAGCAGCCAAGACGACAAACUCCCUCCAAAAAGAUCUCCAAAUCAUCUCUAUCCAGUCAACGUAGGAAGAAACAUUGCCCGAACCGCGGCCCAAACCCAUUUUGUGCUGGCGAGUGACAUCGAGCUGUACCCCAAUCCAGGUUUCGUAGAUUCCUUCCUAAAAAUGGUGGCCCAUCCGGCCUAUCGAUACACCCUGGAGGAGCCCAGCGUGUAUGUGCUGCCGGUUUUCGAGAUCCAGGAGCAUCUGCCGAUUCCGGAGGACAAACUCGGACUGCUGCAGAUGCUACGACGAGGUGAGGCCAUCAAGUUUCAUGAGAAGAUUUGUGCCUCCUGUCAUACGGUGCCGAGCUAUCGGGAGUGGCUCGAGUUGGCAAAGGAGGAUCGGUCGAUGGACAUUCUAGUGACUGCGCAACGAGUAGGAGACUUUGGCUGGUGGGAACCGAUCUACGUUGGAAGUAAAAGGGAGCCACCGUACGAUGAGCGACUCAGUUGGGAGGGAAAGUUCGACAAAAUGACGCAGGGCUACAUCAUGUGCCUGCUCGGGUACAACUUCCACGUUCUGGAUAACGGAUUUCUGGUGCACAAACCCGGCAUCAAAAGUCAGGCUGAUGCCGCGAGACCGGCCAUGGAAGCCAAGCAGCGGGCCUUCGUCGAGGAAACGAUCCGGAACGAACUGAACGUUCUCUAUGGCAUCAACGAUCGAUGCAGGUUGUGAUCCCUACACGUAAUCACUUGUACAGUUACUGCCCCCACGCUUAGGAAUAAUAAAUUAUUUACGAAUAUUA